GUUUCGCGGGUAUCCUGAGCGCCGUGGGUAUCCACCUGGCUGAUGUGGUGGCGGAGGUGCAGGAGCCGGCAGCUGCGAGACUGCGACCCACGGGUCCGGACCCGGAGCUGCUGGAGAGGCAGCGGCGGCUGGAGGAAACUGCCGUACAGAAGCUGCUAGACCAGGGUUUCACACGCUCCCAGAUCACCACGGAGCGCUUCCUCAACCUGCGCUACCACGGCACUGACGUGGCCGUCAUGACACCCGAACCGCCGCCCGCCACACAACCCCAGCAACCACCCCAACCGCCAAAGCAACCGCAACCUACGGCCAAAGACGAGGCGCCCGCCGCGGACGCCAAUGACGACGGCGGCGCCGCUGCCAUUGGGGUCAAUGGCGGCCCAGCGGCGUACGGCGAAGCGUUCGCCGCCGCCUACCGACGGGAAUUUGGAUUCGUUUUGGAUCGGGAGGUGUGGAUCGACGACCUACGUGUGCGUGCGGUGGGACGAGCCAGGCCGUUAGCUGGGGAGGAUGGCGAGGAGGAGGCGGCGGGUGGUGGUGCCACAGCUAACCCGGGUCCACUCCCCCCUCCCGUCACCCUUGCUUCCACCUUCUUCGAACCGGCCGGCCGCACCCCCACCCCCGCCUACUCGCUCUUCUCCUUGCGCCCCGGCCACACGCUGCGAGGCCCCGCGCUGCUGCUUGCACCCACCACCACCCUGCUGGUAGAGCCGGGGUGGCGGGCGGUGGUGACGGGCGGACUGAACGUGAGGAUGGAGGCGGAGGAGGAGGCGGAGGAGGAGGCGGAGCAGGAGGGGCAGGAGGUGGCGGGUGUUGCGGAGAUGAAGGAGAUGAAGAAGGAGGUGGCGGUCGUGGAGAAAGAGGAGAAGGAUGAGGAGAAGAGGGCUGACGGAGGAGGAGGAGGAGGAGGAGGAGCAGGAGCAGGUGUGGGGUGUGACCCGGUGCGGCUAGCCAUCUUCAGCCACCGCUUCAUGGGCAUAGCGGAACAGAUGGGGCGCACGCUACAGCGCACCUCCGUGUCUGUCAACAUUAAGGAGCGCCUGGACUUCAGCUGCGCGCUGUUCGGCCCCGACGGCAGCCUGGUGGCCAAUGCGCCGCACCUGCCCGUGCACCUGGGGGCCAUGGCGGAGGCUGUGAGGUUCCAGAUCCGCUACUACUCCCCGGGCGGUCCAGGUGCUGCCGAGGGGCUCCACGAGGGCGAUGUGCUGCUGUCCAACCACCCGCAGCUGGCGGGGGGCAGCCACCUGCCCGACAUCACCGUCAUCACACCCGUGUUCGCGGAUGCGGAGGAGGAGAAGGCGGGAGAGGCGGGAGGGGAGGCGGGGAGGAGGGGGAAGGGCGGGCGGCGCAUUGUGUUUUUCGUGGCGUCCCGCGGGCAUCAUGCGGACAUCGGAGGCAUCUCGCCGGGAAGCAUGCCCCCCACGAGUCGGCUGUUGGUGGAGGAGGGAGCUGCGAUUGUGAGCUUCAAAAUCGUACGACAAGGCAUCUUCCAGGAGGCUGGCAUCACGGAGCUGCUGCUGGCCCCCGGGCGGCUGGCGGACCGCAUCCCCGGCAUCAGCGGCACCCGUAACCUCUCCGACAACCUCUCAGACCUCAAGGCGCAGGUCGCCGCCAACACCCGCGGCAUCGCGCUGGUGGGCGACCUCAUCUCCGAGUACGGCCUGCCGGUGGUGGCCGCCUUCAUGCGCCACAUUCAGGCCAACGCGGAGCAGUCGGUGCGGGGCAUGCUGCGGGAGUUCAGCAGGCGGCAGGGCCUCCCGGAGGUGGGUCGGGUGUGCGCACGGGACCAGAUGGACGACGGCACGCCCAUCGCCCUCACCGUCACCAUCGACCGCAGGGAGGGGUCCGCGCUGUUCGAUUUCGAGGGAACAGGUCCCGAGGUCUUCGCCAACCAUAACGCGCCCCCCGCCGUCACCUAUUCCGCCAUCAUCUACUCCCUGCGCUGCCUCGUGACCAGCGAUAUACCCCUCAACCAGGGCUGCCUGGCCCCCAUCACCGUGCGCAUCCCGCCCGGCAGCAUCCUCAACCCCUCCGACACUGCGGCGGUGGUGGGCGGCAACGUGCUCACAAGCCAGAGGGUCACGGACGUGGUGCUCAAGGCAUUCCAGGCGGCAGCGGCGUCGCAGGGCUGCAUGAACAACUUCACCUUUGGCGACGAGCAAAUGGGCUACUACGAGACCAUCGCGGGCGGUGCGGGUGCGGGUCCCGGCUGGCAUGGUCGCAGCGGCGUGCACACCCACAUGACCAACACGCGCAUCACGGACCCGGAGAUCCUGGAGCGGCGCUACCCGGUGGUGUUGCACUGCUUCCGGCUGCGAGAGGGCUCGGGCGGGGCGGGAUGCUGGCGGGGAGGAGAUGGCGUGGUGCGGGAGAUUGAAGCCCUUCGACCGCUAUCCGCCGGGAUCUUAUCUGAGAGGCGAGCCAUCCGCCCCUUUGGGUUGCUCGGUGGGGGAGACGCGCAGCCCGGACUCAACCUGCUCAUCCGCAGCAACGGCCGUACAGUCAAUUUGGGCGCCAAGGCGACUGUGAGGCUGGAGGCGGGAGACCGGCUGCGCAUCCUGACACCCGGCGGGGGCGGCUUCGGUCCAGAAGGCGCGAGUGAGGAGGAGGCG